AUGGUGAGGCAAGCUGAAGAGGUAGCACAACAGAUAACCCAGCAAGAGCAGCAGGCUCCACUGGCGGUGCAAGCAGUGAAACAAAAGAGGUUCGUGAAGAAAGGAGGGAAACCGCAGGGAGAGAGGAGCGGAGGACAGCGGCACGGCUACCAAGGGGGAGCAAGUGCAAUCGGUGCGGUAAAGAAAAGCACCAAAAUGCAGCCAAAUGCCCAGCAACGGAUUCCGAAUGCAGGAAGUGCGGGAAGAAGGGGCAUUGGGAAAGAAAAUGCUUCACAAAGACUGUGA